UAUUGCUGAUUACAAUGUCUGCGUCGAUAAUUCUGCUGAUUCCCGAACAUUCGCAUUGACCCAGGACACACUAGCUGCAUACGUAGCUUCCUCGGAGCAAUAAAAAAACCUUCUGAUUCGGACCGGAAGGAGGAACGACACGAUGGUACCAGUCGCCGAGUCAUAGGCCACGAGUACGCUUCACAACGGUGCGUCUCCUAUUCUUCUUUACGUUGCAGGACACCAGCUGUCACCCUCCUGUAUUGGCGUGGAUCAGGACUAUCUUGUCGUUGCGUUGACUCAAUCCGUAUUCCCCGGACCAGAACUUGAUGCUGUUCUCUGGACAAGCCGGUCAACCCAUUUGUUUUGGCUACCAUUGUGGGCGAAAAAGUACAGCCAAGUUCCAGAGACUCCGUUGGCUGUUUGACACUGCCCUAGUUGGCACCAAUUCUCUGUUCGCAAUGUCUUCCUCACGGAACACGUCAGAAGCAGAAGGCCACCAAGGGAUGACGGGAGCUGAACUACCCAGCCACACGAUGCAGUAUUUUCCGCUCUUGGACUCACAAGGUCCACAGCCGGCUACUGUACAGGCAUUCGAUGGGACACAUCAACAGGUACAGGCAGGGCUGCAAGCUGCAGGGACAAAUGUCGGUCCAGUACAGCCUGAUGCCAACAAUAGCUUGACACAGCCUAUUGCGAGCCAAUCGCAGCCUGUUGGUCAGCAGCACAGCCUUAUUGGACAACCUAUCAACACUGGUGGCUUCAGAGGAGCUAGCAGUAGUAUUGUGGGGCUUAGACCAUCAUUAGUGGAGUCAACACUGGGUCUCCCACCACAGCCUCAACCAACCAUUGGUCUUAUGUCAUCACCAGCACAAUUUGCGACUCCCUACAGCCAGCAAAUGAGUCACCACUUCCAUGCCACUGCUAGCAGCUAUCUGCCGAGUUGUGUCCCAGCAAUGCACGGCAGUAUGGCCAGCUCUAACCAUCCUGCGGAAAUGCACGCCGGCUUUCCACAGACCCCACUGAACCAUCUAGCACAAGGCGUCGAGUAUCAACUGGACAACCCCUCUGCCCCUCCACUGUUUGGCGGACAUCCCAGAAAUCUGUGCGAAUGGCGUGUAAACAGCGGUCUACAAUUGUGUGGGUUGGCUUUCUAUAGUGUCACCGAACUAGCGCAGCACAUAACAAACGUUCAUCUCCAGCAACAGGACACUACCGAACAUCCCACACAGGAGGACGGCAAUGUCUACAUCUGCCACUGGGACCAGUGUACACGCACCAAAGGAUUCAAAGCCAAAUAUAGGCUUGUCAACCAUAUACGAGUUCACACAGGUGAAAAACCCUUUGUCUGCGAUCAUCACGACUGCACACGCAAAGCAUUCGCAAGUUUCGCAAACCUGAAGAAACACUACAGAGUCCACACAAAGGAAAAGCCGGUUCCCUGCACCUUCCCGGACUGUAAGAAAAGAUUCGCAGAUUCCUCGAAUCAAAAGAAGCACAUGGUCGUGCACACGAAAGAUAAACCCUACCGAUGCAGGGCAGCAGGAUGUACGAAGAGCUAUACACACCCGAGCUCGCUUAAAAAGCACUCCAAACAGCAUGAUGCUCGAAAUGCAGCCAAUGGCGGUAGUGCUAUUUCCAACAGUACCACGGACACCAGCGCAGAGAACAGUGGCUUGCCGUCUGCGGAUGGUUCUAUUGCUGCGGACGGAGAAAGUGAUCAUGGCAGUUCGAUUUCAUCUGAUGGGGUACUUGAAGACCAGCACAACCACCAUCAACAACAACAGGAAGAACAGAAGCAGCAGCAGCAAUACCAACAUCAACAACAAGGUUUUGCACUUGUGACUUGCACGGGCCAGUGUCAGCCUGCACAGCCGCAACACUUACCACUGGGAACGUCCUCAAGCAUGCUGACUGUGAAUUCAACAUCCACCUCAUCUUUGCCUCAGUUACCUUAUCAUUUGCACUCUGCCCAGGCUACUGCUGGUAGUGAUUUGGUCAACAGUGCACUGCCAACACCACCUGGACAGCCGUCUGGUAGCUAUGCGGUGUUCAGUGAAGUAUGAUAUGACAAUGCCGGAAAGGGUGACCUAGUAGUGGCAAGCCUAGGCAGUAGAGCAACAAGAAAUGAUCCCUUGUCUACAUGUUCCAUACAGAUAUUCCCACAGCCGCCGCCGCCACCACAGCCAGAAGCAGCAGCAGCAACAGAAGCAACAACUGUGCCAGCAGCUGUGCCAGAACUGACUCAAAACAAACAGCUUGUUCAGCAGCAACAUACUCACUUCCAAUACCCGGCAGCACGUCAGCAGUUGCAGCAACAACCUCAUCAUUAUCAACCAGAACAGCAGCUCCAGAAGCACGAUCAUCAUCAGCAGAAGCAUCAGCAGCAGCAACUGGAAUCACACGACCAAUGUCAGCAGUCGCAAAUCUAUCCAACUCACCGCCAUCAGCUACCGACGCCCACACACACACAGCAGCAACAGCUAUCGCUGGUGGCUCACACACCGCAGAACCAGUCAUCACCUGUGUAUAAGAAGCACAACCAUCAGGCACAGCAGGAGUCGACAUCACAACAGGAACGGGCACAGGAACCCUUGCCUCAGAAUCAGCAACAGCAAUACGCUCUCCCAUCGCCGCUGCAGCAGAACUUUGCACAGCAUUCGACAACUGCUCAGCCAACUCUAUUUCAUGCAGGACAAUUGCUGCACCCUGUACUGCCCUCGCAUGACGCUUACUCUCUGUCAGCACAAAUAUACCUCCCCAAAAGGCAUUACUAAGCAAACACACCUUACACGGCUUGAAAACACUGUUCUCAUGAGCUGAACAACAGCCUUUCCAAAAUGGCACUGCAGCCAGCUUCGUGAAUGGAUGUGAUAAACACUGUCAAUAAGGUCUUUAAGGCACAUCAUCACUUUCUACCAAACGUCUUUGUAAUUGUUAUCAAGAUCUAGCUGACUCCUUAGUUUUACGGAGUUAGCGAUUUUUUUAUUAUUAUAUCAAAUUCAAAAAAAGAGGUAUGAAAAUUACCCUGUCCAACGCUGAAUGUUUUUGAGCUUAUUUCAUUAGAGAUGGAGCUGGUAUAUUGCUUAUCAGGCUGUGGAACUUGUCAAUCAGACGACUGACACAUUUGUAGAAGUUCCUUUUUCAAAUGUCUCGUCAAUUUCAUUUUCCGCAUGUUGUCUUUACUAACAUUACCCAUGAUGCUGGCCACAUGUAUAGCGUCAGUAGAAUUGCAGCUCAACAUCCUAAUCAGCACUGCCUUCAGUCUUGUUUCUACCCACUCACUGUCAAGAUAGGGUAUUUCCCAUCCAAUUAUUAACCAUAGUAACCGUGUCUUUUUAGUUCACUUUUUCGGCUGAUCUGCUCAUCCCGCAGAAAUGUGUCAAUACUAAUGCUGGCCUUACAGAUUCUACAACUGCUGAAGAAAGUCUUGUCUUAUGCGCUGAGUUUUCAACACUCGUAAUUAUCGUAUCUGUUUUCAAAAUAAUGAGAUGGUGUCUUCCUCUUAUUCAAAUGGUAAUUUGUGUUGGAGUACUUGAAGUACACACGUGCAAACUCAGCACAGAAAACAAUACUCGAUAAUGACGUAUUCGUCGGCAAAAUCGUUAGAAAGCAGCUAGAGACGCUUCUUUUGAAGUCAUUCUUGGCUAGACUGAUAAAGCACGAGACAGGAAGUUAGUGGUACUAU